GCCGGGCCCGCGCUCGCGCCCUGAGCCAUGGACCUUCCCGGGGGGCUCCUGGUGGCCUGCACGCUCAGCCUCUGGACAGGGCUCACAGCCCCCUUCAACACAGACACCAGGCACCCACGGGUCAUUGCUGGCUCUAGGAGCGCCUUCUUCGGCUACACCGUGCAGCAACAUGACAUCAGCGGCAAGAAGUGGCUGGUGGUGGGUGCACCGCUGGAAACCAAUGGCCACCAGAAGACGGGAGACGUGUACAAGUGUCCAGUGGCCCAUGGAAACUGCACCAAGCUCAACCUGGGCAGGGUCACGCUGUCCAACGUGUCCGAGCGCAAGGACAACAUGCGGCUGGGCCUGAGUCUGGCUACCAACCCCAAAGACAACAGCUUCCUGGCCUGCAGCCCACUCUGGUCUCACGAGUGCGGGAGCUCCUACUACACCACGGGCAUGUGUUCCAGGGUCAACUCCAACUUCAGGUUCUCCAAGACCGUGGCCCCAGCUCUGCAAAGGUGCCAGACCUACAUGGACAUCGUCAUCGUCCUGGACGGCUCCAACAGCAUCUACCCCUGGGUGGAGGUCCAGCAUUUCCUCAUCAACAUCCUCAAGAAGUUUUACAUUGGCCCUGGACAGAUCCAGGUUGGUGUGGUCCAGUACGGAGAGGAUGCGGUGCACGAGUUCCACCUGGAUGACUACAGGUCUGUCAAGGACGUGGUUGAAGCCGCCAGCCACAUCGAACAGAGAGGAGGGACAGAGACAAGGACAGCAUUUGGCAUUGAAUUUGCUCGCUCAGAGGCCUUCCAGAAGGGCGGAAGGAAAGGAGCCAAGAAGGUGAUGAUCGUCAUCACUGAUGGCGAGUCCCACGACAGCCCAGACCUGGAGAAGGUGAUCCAGCAAAGUGAGAAGGACAACGUGACCAGAUACGCAGUGGCCGUCCUGGGCUACUACAACCGCAGGGGCAUCAAUCCGGAAGCAUUUCUCAAUGAAAUCAAGUACAUUGCCAGCGACCCCGAUGACAAGCACUUCUUCAACGUCACCGAUGAGGCGGCUCUGAAGGACAUUGUGGAUGCCCUGGGGGAUAGAAUCUUCAGCCUGGAAGGCACCAACAAGAAUGAGCCGUCCUUUGGUCUGGAGAUGUCACAGACCGGCUUCUCCUCCCACGUGGUAGAGGACGGGAUCCUGCUGGGAGCGGUGGGCGCGUAUGACUGGAAUGGCGCCGUGCUGAAGGACACCAGCAGCGGGAAGCUCGUCCCUCUCCGCGAGUCCUACCUGCAGGAGUUCCCCGACGAGCUCAGGAACCACGGCGCGUACCUGGGGUACACGGUCACGUCUGUCAUGGCCUCCAGGCAGGGCCGGGUGUACGUGGCUGGCGCGCCCCGAUUCAACCACACCGGCAAAGUCAUCCUGUUCACCAUGCACAGCAACCGGAGCCUCACCAUCCACCAGGCACUGCGGGGAGAGCAGAUAGGCUCUUACUACGGGAGCGAGAUCACCUCGGUGGAUGUGGACGGGGACGGGCUGACCGACGUCCUCCUGGUGGGCGCGCCCAUGUACUUCAGCGAGGGCCGCGAGCGGGGCCGGGUCUACAUGUACCUCCUGAGACAGAACCAUUUCAUCUCUAACGGGACGCUGAGCGACUCCCAGGACAGCCAGGACGCUCGCUUCGGCGCCUCCAUCGCCGCCGUCCGGGACCUCAACCAAGAUGCGUACAACGACGUGGUGGUGGGUGCUCCCCUGGAGGACAGCCACCAUGGCGCCAUCUACAUCUUCCACGGACACAGGGGUGGGGUCCUCCGGACGCCCAAGCAGAGAGUUGCCGCCUCCCAGCUGGCUUCAGGACUCCAAUAUUUUGGCUGCAGCGUCCACGGGCAACUGGACCUGAAUGAAGACGGUCUCAUUGACCUGACGGUGGGCGCCCUGGGCAGCGCUGUGAUUCUGUGGUCCCGCCCAGUGCUGCGGAUCCACACCAGCCUCCACUUCGAGCCAGCCAAGAUCAACAUCUUCCACCGGGACUGCCGGCGCAGCGGCAGGGACGCCAGCUGCCUGGCCGCCUUCCUGUGCUUCACGCCCGUCUUCCUGGCACCCCAUUUCCAAACCGCCACCGUGGGCAUCAGGUACAACGCCACCAUGGAUGAGAGGCGCUACACACCCCGGGCCCACCUGGACGAGGGCGGGGACCAGUACACUAACAGGGCAGUCCUGCUCUCCUCGGGCCAGGAGCACUGUGAGCGGAUCAACUUCUAUGUCCUGGACACUGCAGACUCCGUGAAACCAGUGACCUUCUCAGUCGAGUACUCCCUGGAGCAUCCGGAUGACGGCCCAGUCCUGGACGACAGCUGGCCCACAACCCUCAGAGCCUCCGUGCCCUUCUGGAAUGGCUGCAGCGAGGAUGAGCACUGUGUCCCCGACCUUCUGCUGGACGCCCGCAGUGACCUGCCCACAGCUAUGGAGUACUGCCAGCGGGUGCUGCAGAGGGCCCCCCCGGACUGCGCCGCCUAUGCCCGCGCCUUCGACACCACCGUCUUCAUUGUCGAGAGCUCCCGGCGGCGGGUGGCAGUGGAGGCGCAGCUGGAGAACAGGGGCGAGAAUGCAUACAGCGCCGUCCUGAACAUCUCCCAGUCGGCAAACCUGCAGUUCGCCAGCCUGAUCCAGAAGGACGAUGCAGAGGGCAGCAUUGAGUGCUCAAACGAGAGGAAACUCCCCAAGAAAGUCUGCAACGUCAGCUAUCCCUUCUUCCGGGCCAAGGCCAAGGUAGCUUUCCGCCUGGACUUCGAGUUCAGCCGCUCCGUCUUCCUGCACCACCUGGAGAUCCAACUCGUUGCGGGCAGUGACAGUGACGAGGAGGAGGGCACCAAGGAGGACAACAUGGCCCUGCUGCACUGCCCGCUCAAGUACGAGGCCGACCUGCUUUUCACCAGGAGCAGCUCCCUGAGCCACUACGAGGUGAAGCCCAACAUUUCCCUGGAUGGCCCAGGGCCUCCCUUCAGCUGCAUCUUCAAGAUCCAAAAUUUGGGCUUGUUUCCCAUUCACGGCGUGAUGAUGAAGAUCACGGUGCCCGUGGCCACCCGUGCUGGCAACCGCCUACUGGUGCUCCGAGAAUUCCUCACUGACCAGGAGAACACGACCUGUAACAUCUGGGGGAACGGCACCGAGUACCGCCAGGCCCCGACCGAGGAAGACUUGAGCCGGGCCCCGCUACUGAAUCACAGUAACGCUGACGUGGUGUCCAUCAACUGCAACGUGAGGCUGGCCCCUGGCCAGGAGGUCAACUUCCACCUGUUGGGGGGUCUGUGGCUGAGCUCCCUAAAAGCACUCAAGUUCAGAUCCAUGAAAAUCACCAUCCAGGCCACUCUGCAGAGGCACUUCCACAGCCCUUACAUCUUCCGGGAGCACGAGCCCAGCCGCCAGGUCACCCUGGAGAUCUCCAAGCAAGAGGACUGGCAGAUCCCCGUGUGGAUCAUCGUGGGCAGCACGCUCGGGGGGCUCCUGCUCUUGGCCCUGCUGGUCCUGGCGCUGUGGAAGCUCGGCUUCUUCGAAAGUGCCCGGCGCAGGAGGGACGCCCACGCGGACCCCGGCCCCAAAGAGCUGGAGUGAGGCUCCCAGGAGCUGCGAGCGAGUCACGCGGCCCAGGACAGCGUCGGAGGCCGGCCGGGGCCCGGCGCGAGGCCCGAGCACGGACGCACGGGCGAGCACUCUGCGCGGGCACAGG